UGAACUUCACAAAAUAGUUCUUCGACAUUUAUACACCUAAGAAACUCCAUUGUGCUACUCAUGCUAGUUCUGAAAAUCUCAUUGCAGAAAUAGGUCUAUGCUUAAUUCGUUUCGGGCUUCGAAGCCGUUAAGUCGUCUUUAGUAACGUGAGUGUUUUGCUGUGUACGUAUGUCUGCUUUUUAUAGGUAAAAUGUCGGAAAAUCUGUGCGAAUACACGACCGAAUCUGAAAAUAGAAUGAUCGAGGGACAAAGUGGAAAAGCAAGUUCACCGUUCUGCACGAUCACAUACGUUGCACCCCCAAAAGAAGAUGACGACGACGACGACGACGAACUCGACAGAGGAGGCUGGGAAAGUAGAUGGGAUUUCCUUUUUUCUUGCAUAAGUUUAUCUGUGGGACUCGGAAACGUGUGGAGAUUUCCGUAUUUAUGCUACAAAAACGGAGGAGGUGCCUUUUUAGUAACUUAUGGCAUAGCCAUGGUACUGUGUGGGAUACCACUAUUUUUUCAAGAAGUCGCAGUAGGUCAAUAUUUAGGAUCUGGAGGAUUAACUUUUGUUGGACAACUAUGCCCUCUAUUAAAAGGGGUUGGAUACGCUACAAUGACUCUGGUAUUCCUCUUGGAUGUCUAUUAUUGUAUUAUUAUUUCUUGGACAUUGUAUUACAUAAUGAGCACAUUUGUUUAUAUGCCAAAUCUGCCUUGGAGAUCGUGUGAUAAUUCGUGGAAUACCGAACGAUGUUCUAAUAUUGAUAAUCUGAAGAAUUAUAACGGUACCAUCAUGUUCAAUAAUUUAAAAAAUGUUUCUAUAACGAUGGCAAAUGCAUCUGAAAUGAUGUCGACUGCAGUUGAAGAAUUUUUUGAGCGCAAUGUAUUGAGCAUAACAAACGGUAUAUCAGAAUUUGGUGGGAUCCAAUGGAAAUUGUUAAUUUGUUUAGGAUUAGGAUGGCUUUUGAUAUACUGGGUGAUAAGGAACGGUUUGCAUCAAAGUGGAAAAAUUAUUUGGUUUACGGCACUCUUCCCUUACGUUGUACUAUUCGUACUUUUGUUUAGAGCAUUGACCCUCGAAGGGGCAAUUGAUGGGCUGUGGUACUUCGUCGUACCCCGAUGGGAAGAAUUGUUAACUCCACAGCCCUGGAUGGAAGGAGCAACACAAAUAUUUUUUGCCUACAGCAUCGGCUGUGGAGCUUUACCUGUGUUGGGCUCUUAUAAUAAAUUUCAUCAUAACUGUUAUAGAGAUGCUGUAAUUACUUGUAUUGUUAACACAUUCACUUCCAUAAUUGCUGGUUGUGUUACAUUUGCCAUUUUGGGUUAUUUAGCUUUCGAAAAGGACACUACUGUAGCUGAGGUUGUGACAAGUGGACCAGGGUUGGUCUUCUUGACCUAUCCAGAAGUUGUACUAAAACUUCCGUGGGCUGCAUUUUGGACAUUAAUGUUCUUUUUUAUGCUUUUGUUGUUGGGGACAGAUAGUGCAUUUUGUCUUGUGGAAGCCUUUAUAACUGGAGUUCUAGAUAAUUGGCCAAAGAGAUUGCGACCUCACAAAGAAAAAAUAAGACUUUUCAUAUGCCUAAUAAUGUUUACGUUAGGAAUUCCAAUGAUUUCAAAGGGUGGAAUGUAUAUCUUUCAACUGAUGGACUACUACUCUGCAAGCGGUAUUUCUUUGUUAUGGGUCUGUUUUUUCCAAACAAUUGCCAUUUCUUGGAUUUUUGGAACAAAUAAGUUAUGCGACUGCAUUGAACAAAUGAUGGGUUUUAGACCUAACAAGUUUUGGACAAUUUGUUGGCAGUUUUGUGCACCUGUUGUCAUGUUGGCAUAAACUUGGAUGAAUAUGGAAGAGUUGAUAAGACACUAUUGAGAUAAGUAAGCAAUUUAUGUGAAGAUAAUAUGAAGAUAAGGUGUGGAAUGAGAUAAGAGUGUAAGAGGAUAGGUUAGAAGGGAAAAAACUUAAUCUCUCGUUACACAAAGGUGGAGAAAGGGCACUCGUAACUAGAUCACACUAUGUCGUGGCGGCUCUAGACACCUGCCUCAAAUAUCCCUAGUGGCUUUCGGUAUCUGGGAAGUCAGAUAACUCAGGAUGGAAGAAGUCACUUUUGUUCUCGCGAAAAGUUACUUUAGAAAUUCGAAAAAUAUUGUUAAAGGUGUUUGUUUCGAGGGCGGCGCUUUACGAGUGCGAAAUAUGGAUGGUUGGCAUUGCGGAAAAGAAAAGGUUGGAAGCGUUCGAAAUGUGGAGCUAUAGGCAAAUG